ACACCUACGCAACUCUACGCAAGGACCCCACUUCCUACUCAGAGCACGGCACAGCCUCUCCCAGGGGUUGCCAACACUAGUUCCGGUGGUCAUCCACAGUCUGCAGCGACCGACUCGUCUGUGAGAACACACUCUGCGCAACUAGUCUCCGCUACGGCCACGCAUCACGGACCCAGCACUGUCCUUCUGGCCACUGCCCUGGUCACAAUCCACAACCCCCACACUGGCCAAUCAGCUGUGGUACGUGCGUUAGUGGAUUCAGGCUCGGAAGGAACCCUCAUUACAGAGCACAUAGUGCAGGCUCUCAACCUCAAGCGGCAUCCAAUUUCGGCAGAAAUCGUUGGAGUUGGGACCACCUCCAAGAACAGGUGUACCUACACUACAGAAUUGUCAUUAAGUUCUUGUACUUCGCAGUUUUGUACUACCAUUGAUACUGCGUUUAUACUUAAAACGCUUACAUCGCAAUUACCUUCAAAAUCCAUCAAAUUGCAGCAAUGUCCUCAUUUGAACGGAAUAGAACUCACCGAUCCCGGGUUCUACAAACCACAACGGAUUGAUCUUCUGCUGGGAGCGGACGUAAUCCCACAGAUCCUGCUUUCAGAUAUCCGCAGAGGAAAGGAGAACCAACCAAUUGCACAGCACACCCAGCUUGGCUGGAUAGUCUUUGGUCGAGCCACUUCCACACGCUCACACGCUGUCACUAUUAGAUGUCACCACAACAGGCUAGAGAAUCUCGUCCAAAAAUUCUUCGAAAUGGAGCAUCUCGGUUCUGCAAAACAGCUCACACCAGAAGAGCGAUGGUGCGAGGAGCAUUUUAAACGAACUCACAUCCGUCAACGAAACGGCAAGUAUUUGGUACGGUUACCACUUAAGCGUUUGUUUGACCCUUCGCAGGUGCUAGGCAAAUCACGUCAAAUCGCGAUGAAUCGAUUCCAAAUGCUUCAACGAAGAUUCCAAAGGCAGCCGGAGCUGCAAGCCAAAUAUUCGGAAGUCAUGAAUGAGUACUUUCAACUAGGCCAGGUGACCAAAGUAACAACCAAGGAGCAGCAGCAUUGCAUCAUUAGCAAGGAGAAUGGAAUCGAGUCCACAUGUUGCACCUUGCCUCAUCACGCAGUAUUCAAAGAGGAAAGUGUCACUACGAAGGUUAGAGUAGUAUAUGACGCCUCCUGUAAAACGUCAAACGGAAAAUCGCUCAAUGACGUCCUAUGCACCGGACCAGCGCUCCAAAACGAUCUAGCCGGCGUGGUCCUGAAUUGGCGUUUCCAUCGUUUUGUUUUUGCUGCCGACAUUCAGAAGAUGUAUAGAUGCAUUGACAUGAAUACAGAGGAUUCGCAAUAUCAACGCAUCUUUUGGCAUGACGAACACAACCAACCAUUCGCGUCAUACAUCAACUGGCGCAGGAUGAACGCGACCGAUAUCCACUCGCGGAAAGGGUCCUUCGACACGAAAUAUACGUUGAUGACGUACAAAGCGGAGCUUCCACUCGCGAAGGAGAAAUUCAAAAUCAAUUGAUCGGAGCCUUACGAUCAGCAGGAAUGGAACUUCGAAAGUGGUCUGCAAAUGACGCUUCUCUGCUACAAGACAUACCUCCAUACCAUUUAUCUCAUAAGACACUAUUAGAGUUUGAAUACCAAGAUCCCGUUAAAACCUUAGGCCUCUAUUGGCAUCCACAUCAAGACUAUUUUGGGUUCAAGAUAAAUUUUGAAAUCAGCCUAGCACAACUGAACUGGGAUGAACCGCUGCCAACCGAACUGCUUGAUAGAUGGCAGGGAUUCAUACAGAACUUGCCAUAUGUCGAGCAAAUUCAAGUACCACGAUGGCUGCGCUUCAACAUCCACGAGCUUGCGUCAUUACAGCUACAUGUUUUCUGCGAUGGAUCAUCACUGGCGUAUGCAGCAUGUGCACAUAUUCGUGCAGAGCUACCAAACGGAAUGAUUCAAACUCAUUUGCUAGCUGCACGCAGUCGAGUCACACCCACAAAACCGAUCACAACUCCACGAGUCGAGCUUUCGGGUGCGCUGCUGGCAGUUAAACUGGCAAAAUGGAUCCGGGACCAACUGCGCACUGCAGGACCACCUAUGGCAACCUUCUAUUGGUCAGAUGCUACUAUCGUUUUGUUUUGGAUACUU